AUGGCCUCUGAACGGGAUGAAUCCAACACAACCAGAAACCUGACCAACCAGUUCGUACAGCCGGCGUGGCGCAUCGCGCUGUGGUCGGUGGCUUACAUCACGGUGCUGGCUGUGGCAGUUUUCGGAAACUUGAUUGUGAUUUGGGUUAUCUUGGCGCACAAGCGGAUGAGAACGGUCACCAACUACUUCCUGCUGAACUUGGCUUUCUCCGAUGUUUCGAUGGCUGCGUUCAACACGCUCAUCAACUUCAUCUACGCGGCUCACGGAGAGUGGUACUUCGGGGAGGUGUACUGCAGGUUUCACAACUUCUUCCCGGUCACUGCGGUGUUCGCCAGCAUUUACUCCAUGACCGCGAUAGCCAUCGACAGGUACAUGGCCAUCAUCCAUCCGCUGAAGCCUCGUCUGUCGGCGAAGGCCACCACAGGAGUUAUUGUCUGUAUCUGGAGUCUGGCCGUGGUUCUGGCCUUCCCUCUCUGCUACUUCUCCACCACCCGAACUCUGCCCCGCAGGACCCUCUGCUACGUGGCCUGGCCCCGCAUGGCCGACGACCCCUUCAUGUAUCAUAUCAUAGUCACAGUUCUGGUCUACGUGCUGCCCCUAGUGGUGAUGGGCAUCACUUACACCAUCGUGGGGGUCACUUUGUGGGGAGGGAAGAUCCCAGGAGACUCAUCUGAUAACUAUCAUGGACAGCUCAGGGCCAAACGCAAGGUGGUGAAGAUGAUGAUCAUCGUAGUGGUGACCUUUGCCCUCUGCUGGCUGCCCUAUCACGUCUACUUCAUUGUGACGGGUCUCAAUAAGCGUCUGAGCAAGUGGAAGUACAUCCAGCAGGUCUACCUGUCAGUGCUGUGGCUGGCGAUGAGCUCCACCAUGUACAACCCCAUCAUCUACUGCUGCCUUAACAGCAGGUUCCGGGCAGGCUUCAAGCGGGUUUUCCGCUGGUGUCCCUUUGUCCAGGUCUCAAGCUACGACGAGCUGGAGCUCCGAAACACAAGACUUCGACCGGGUCGCCAGAGCAGCAUGUGUACCCUCUCUCGGGUCGACACCAGCAUCCUCAGCAAAGACAAGAGCACUCGUUCCCAUGGACACAGGUCAAGACUCCACUCUGAGCCCAACAAUAAAAACAAUUAA